AUGAUACCAGGUGGAGGAAAUAGUCUCGGGUGUUCAGCGCCCGAGGAGGCAGCGCCGGCGGCGCAAGGCUACCAGUACCAAAACGCAGUAAACGGCCAGGAAGCCGCUGAUGGUUACGUCGAGGCGGUUGCGGAGCCAAUGGUGGAGGAUAUCGAGCCCUUCUCGGACGAUAAGAUCAUGAGCCUGGUCGAAAUCGCACCAGCACCUGGCAAAGGCAGGUGUAUGUACGUACGCAACGGCUACGAGCCGGGAGGGCUCAUUCUCAUCGAGAAGCCGCUCUUUGUCAUCGUUCCGAACGACAACAUCGAGAUAUGGAACACCAUCAACUCACUCCAUGAAAAGCAGCCGCUGCUACUGUCGCCGCUCUGGCAUCACGCUGCGUUGAUCACGAUAAUGACCGGCACGAAGGAAAAAUUGGAGGUCAUGCGAGGGAAGUGGGUGUUAGAUCCGGACCCACCUGUGUCGGAAGAUGUCUAUCGCAUUUUGGAGGCAACCUGCGUGGCCCAGGCGGAUGGAACUUUCGUUUAUUCGAACCAAGUUGUCGUGGACCCCAAGUUCUACCAGUUCCUGCUGCAGGUGUGGCCGCUGAACGCCUUUGGCCACACCACGGACCCUAACGGCCUGGUGUUAUACAACAAAAUAUCUUUCUUGGCUCACAGCUGCGAUGCAACGGCCUGCUGGCACCACGUAGGAGAUGACUACUUCGUCCUGCGUGCGCGAAGACGCCUGCGGCCCGGAGACGAACUGACGAUAUCGUACCUCGGGGAGCCCGACCUGCUGGCCCCAACUCACAAACGCCGCGAAUUGCUGUACAACUGGUCCUUCUACUGCGAAUGUCCAAGGUGCAUAAUCCCCGUGGACUGUGCACGUGGCUUCCUGUGCAAGUUGUGCCGCUAUGGUCGCGUGGGAUUCUACCAGGACAGCAACAGCACCAGGCUAGUCAGUGACGCAUGCACUCUCUGCGAUUACGUCUUCACGGAAUCCGACAUAACGGAGUACCUCGACCUGGAGCGGGCGUACGCGGAGCGCAUCGACUGCAUCGACGCAAACGACCUUUGCGACAUACAAGAGGUCUACAACCACGCGCGCAACGUGUUCAAGCAGCAUUGGUGUCUGUACAGGUUGGAAACGCUGUUGUUCGAGUGCUUCAAGGAACGGGGCGAAGCGGACUUGGCGCGUUACUACCUCCAGCAGCGCAUAUCCUUCGCCGACGCGGUUAUGCGACGGCCUCUGUACUGUGUCGCAUUCAUGCACGAGGAAUAUGCCGACAUGCUCCUGGCUUCGGCGGGAAUUGACAAGGAAAGCGAACAGAUCCCCGAGGUCAACGUUAACGUCGAACUACUGAACAUCGUCAUGGGCAGCUACUUCCGCGCUGCGACGCUCCUGGCGGUGCUGUCUGGACUUAACCAUGCCUACUACUACACAGUUCUGUACAAACACAAUCGGUCUCUUGUCAAUUUCUCCGGGACUACGCCUAUCUCCGGGGUGUGUCGCUGCGGCCGCAUUUGCGUAAUGGCGCUGCUGAAGGCAGUAGGCCGCGCUCUAGGAUGCCUGUUCCGAUGGCGUUCAAGGCGCAGUGAACAAAUCGCAGAGUUUAAAGAAUGCUGCCAGCUUGUCGCGAUUAAACGCGCUGGAGGCCAGCUCGACGACGACAACUUCUGGGUACUUUACGGCUUCUUUAAACAAACGGUGGUCGGCGACUUCAAUCUGAAGGAUGUCGAGGACAGUACGGAGGCUGAGAGGCGCAAAUGGGCAUCGUGGCAGAAGUGCAAAGGCAUGACCAAGAAUGACGCAAUGGCCGCAUACAUCGCUUUGGUCCGGAACCUCUUCGGCUACCCGACUAACACCGACGCCAUGCAUCCAACAAUGUCUAACGCGAUCAGCCGACCGAAACUGCAGUCCGAUGACGCUUCGGAUGCGCACGAAAGUGAAGGCCUGUUCACACUUGUGGCGGAAAACCACGUCGGCAUGGUGGAUUUGCUGCUGAAAGCGAAUCCCCAUCUGGUAAAUAUACGUAGUCCUGAGGGGCUCACGGCGCUCCAUAUUGCUGCUGACAGGGGCCACCUGGAGGUUAUACAGUGUCUCAUAAAGCACGGUGCUGACAUAGACGCGAUGGACGAUAAUAACGACACGCCGCUGCUGGUGGCUGCGGCGGCUGGCAACCGAGCGGCGGUCACCAUGCUGUUGCGCAACGGCGCUAUUGAGACCCCCAGGAAGGAGGACAAAGUCGAGGCGGAGCAAACGGUGGACGCCGCGACCUCCUGCAUUGCGGCGGCGGACGCGCAACAGUAG